AAAACCCGCAGGAAACAACGAAGGAAGGAGCAGCGAAAAAAAAGGAUCUGCCUGUGACAGCCGCCCCUAUCUGUUCCCCAGUCCACGGCGUAGAUGCGCAUCCUUCUCUGAUCGCCGGGACCGAGACGCUGGGCUGCCGUAGCGCGUAGCAGCCGCGGGAGGCGGGACGCAGUCGCUGGGCCGCUGCUGCAGGGAGAACUGGUUGCCGGGCCGCCGGCGACCAGAUCCAUGGCGCCCACGGAGGUCCUAGAGGUUUCUCCCGGUUCACCAACUAUAUCACAAGAACAUGUUGAUCCACCACUGAUAGAGAUUGCAGCAGAAAAAUCGCCGGAGCUGCCUGAGGAAAUCAUGAUGGAUAUAUUUGCCCUUUUUGUGGUCCCUGAAUUUGUGCGGGCUCUAUCUACUCCUUCUGGAACUCGGUGUAUACAAGAAUACAUAACAUCGGUCCACAGACACCAUGCCUCCUCUACACUUCAGAAUCAGCUGCUUCAGCUGCAUUUUGAGACGACAGGAUCGAACCAUGUAAGAAAAACGGUGCCACAGUGUAUGCAGACCUCAAAAAAUGCUUAUGGUGUUAAGAUGGAAAAAAAGGGACAAAUCCAACCAUAUUGCGCUUCUUAUUAUGAAUGUGACAAUAUCAUCGGACAUUGCAAGGGUACUCCUCAAGAAAGACACUACUGAAGAAUUCUUUCCUGAAAUGGAGGAGCAGUUCAAAGGCUCUGGGAAAGUAUACGCUCACGAGCUUUUGGCUAACCUGUUGUUGGCAAUGUUAGACAACAUAUACUGAGAAUGCUGAAUUUUUCACCAAGCUUAAAGCUUUGGACUGUUCAUUGAGGGAAACCUUCUCGUGUCAUGAUUCUAAAGCCCUCCCAAAUGAUUUUGAUCAAUUCAAGAUCAAUUAUAGUUCUUUAAAGGAAAAUUGGGCACUCGUUGAGAUUACCGCUAGGAUUGUGCAGGAGGAAGAGAGAUUUCCAUGUUGGCUCUGGAAGAGAAAGCAUGAUUCGACCUCAUAAUCCUCACUUUAACCUGGACAAUCCUAGUGGUCAUCUCAGCGAGUGUUCAAUUUUCCUUUAGAGAAUUAUAGUUGAUUUUGAUUUUAUCAAAAUCAGUUGGAAGGGACUCAAGAAUCAUGAGUAUGAGAAGGUUUUCACUUAAUGAACAAUCCAAAGCUCCAAGCUUGGUGAAAGCAUUCAUCAUUCUCAAUCUAUGUUGUCUAACAUUCCCAUCAACAGUGUACUUCUGAAGAAGCUUAGCCAAAAGCUCAUGAGCGUACACUUUCUCGAAGCCUUUGAAUUGCUCCUCCAUUUCAGCAAGGAAUUCUUUAUCAGUUUCUUUCUUGGGGCAAGGUUUCCUAAGCCUUAGAAAAGGCAAUUGAAGAAAGAAGCCUAUAAGUCAUUAAAGGGUAAAUAAGUCGGCGCCUCUUCUUCAACGUGCAUCAAUUUUGCUCCAAGGAAGGACACGCCCAAAGGGAAUGCCCAGGCUUCCUAAAAUGGAUGAAGGAAAUAGGUGCAACCACUCAUGUUGCUAAGUCUAUGCUGGGGUUCGUAUGAUUCAAACUAUAAGUUGAGGAACAAGAAAGUUUAAGGCAGCGAGAUGAGUUGAAGCUAUGGGAUCUCCCACGUUGGAGCUAUACAAUCUUUGACUGAAUAAUGUUCUUUGUCUACCUACCUUAAGUAGGAAUUUGAUUUCCGUUUCUUGUUUAGAUGAUGACAUGUACGAAUGUAUGUUUGGC